AUGAAUCUUGGAAACCAAACUAUGGUCAAAGAGUUUUUCUUGACUGGAUUUUCCCAAAGCUUGCAGACGAGAAUCAUACUGUUCAUCCUGUUCUUAAUCCUUUAUGUGUUAACGAUUUUUGGGAACUGUUUUCUGAUCUUCACUGUGUUCACCAGUCCUCAGAUCCACACACCAAUGUAUUACUUUCUCUGCAAUUUGUCUUUUUUGGACUUGUGCUACUCUUCCAAUUCUCUUCCAAAAAUGCUGAUUGACGUAUUUUCUAAAAGAAGAAGAAUUUCAAUCAUCGACUGCUUGACUCAAAUGCACAUUGGUCUGUUUCUCGGAGGAACUGAGUGCAUAUUGCUAGCUGUGAUGGCGUAUGACCGGUAUAUUGCUAUUUGCUUCCCCUUAUAUUACACUAUCAUUAUGAGUUGGAGGGUAUGUCAUUGCAUCACACUCUUUAUGUGGGCUGGAAGCUUCAUUCUCUCAACUGCUCCGACUAUGGCAAGACCUCUCGUCUUCUGCAAUGACAACCAUAUAGACCAUUUUGCUUGUGAGAUUUUAGUACUUCUAGCUUUAGCAUGUGGUGACCUUUCCUUCUAUAAGAUCGCUAUAGUCAUUAUUAGUUUUUUUACUUUGCUUUCACCUUUUAUUUUUAUUAUAGUUUCUUAUAUUUGCAUCAUUGUGUCGAUACUGCAUAUUCGCUCAGUCGAUGGGAGAUCAAAAGCUUUUUCCACCUGUGCUUCCCACCUCACUGUGGUACUUAUGUUUUAUGGGACGAGUAUAACCAUGUACAUGGGACACACAAAAAGAUUUUCUUCUAACCUUAAAUACAUUUCUCUAAUUUACGGAGUUGUGACACCUGUACUAAAUCCUAUGAUAUACAGCUUGAGGAAUAACGAGGUAAAACAGGCAUUUCAGAAAGUUUUUACCAAGUAUGUUACAAAACAUACAGUAUGA